AAAAUGAAGAAGAAGAACAAGAUUGAAGAAUAGAAGAACUGAAGUGGUUAAUCGUCCGUAGCCGACUCAGAACCAAUUUGAAGAAGGCCAAGAGAUGACUUAUAUCCAGUGUGGUAGAAAUGUUCUGCGUCAACUCAUCAGGAAUACGAGCUUCUGCACAUCUGAUCCCAUGAUUCAUCCAUUGUUAUUCAAUGCUCAGGGAAUUAGAUACAGAAAGUUGGAAGUUAUUCUUACUACUAGCAUUGAGAAGCUUGGUAAAGCUGGCGAAACGGUGAAGGUUGCUCCUGGAUAUUUCCGCAACCACUUGAUGCCCAAGUUGCUUGCCGUCCCCAACAUUGAGAAAUAUGCGUAUCUCAUCAGAGAACAGAGAAAGAUUUACCAGCCUGAGGAAGUGGAGACAGUUACUGUAGUUCCACAAAACAAAGAGGACAAAAUGAAAGAAUAUCAAAUGGCAGCCAAGCGUCUGGAUAAUGCUCGCCUGUCUCUGAGGAAGCUCAUAAAGGUUGACAAUGAUUUGCGUUCGCCUGUGACGAAAGAUGAGCUCUUAGCAGAGGUGGCGAGGCAGCUUUGUGUGAGCAUCCAGCCAGAGAACCUGCACCUACCAUCUCCAUUAACAACCAUAGGAGAAUAUGAGGUGCCACUCCUACUGCCUAGGGCAAUUCCCUUGCCUGUGGGGAAGCUUAACUGGACCCUAAAGGUUAAAAUUAGAAGAAAAUGAAUGGUGGGAUUGUUUUCUU